AUAGUUCCGCCCAAGAAGUGUGAGUCACGUGACCGGAAGUGCAAGCAGUUCUCGCGGAUUAUAGGCACAGUCCCCAGCCCAUGGGCUCCGACUGAGUCCUAGUUAAAGAUGCCAACUGUCACAGCGAGAACCAACGGCCUAUGUUAAAACAAGCGAAAUCAGUCUGUGAGCUAUUAAACCAGACAUUGAUUACACACCAGAGUUUGGAAUCUCAGCCAAGAAGCGUUCAGAUGCUGCGAUGUCCUGAGCUGGAGCAAUAAAAAAGAAUAUAAAAAAGGAUGUCGUAUCAGAGUUGAACGCUGAAGAUGCUUAUUUCUAGAAGGGAGAUCUUUGUCAGCUCUAUGAUCCUAGCUUCCAGCACUUCUUCUGCAGUAGGGAUCCAAGGAGGGAAAACUGCAAAGCGCUGAGACACCGGAAGAUCGGGAGCUGGCGAAGACAGAAAGCUAAAGGAUGAGUAGUGAUGACGCUCUGGAUCGGAGAGAGACUAAUGGCUUAGACACAAGGGGACAGCACGACUGGCGCUCCUGCUCUGACCGUUGAGAUGUUGGUGAGAGUUUAAACCCAAUUGGUUCGUGGAUUUCCCGUCCAGUGACUUUCACCAAAUCAUCCAAAGACUGCAUGGAGGAAUACAUGUCGUCAGAGACUGAGAUGUGAGCUGCUUCAACGCCCUUCGACGUCCCGUUUUCUCAGAUACACUGUGGGCAUUGACACGACACCUUCAUCUAAAAGGAGUGUAUAAAGUGUUUUGGAAAAGGUGUUCAUUAGUGUUGAAACGUACCGAAAACGUCUCUUGUUUUAGCCCGUAUGUUUUCCUGUUUUGAUCAGUGGUGUUAAAACCCAUGGAAUGGUCUGCUGGCAAAAAGGUUGUUUUCCAACUCUAAUGUAUAAGAAAACUGAUUGACCGAAGACAAAAAAUAGAAAGUAAGAAAUGUUCCAUAAAUUACGUUUGGCUUGGUAGCAGCUAUGUAAAGUAAUUUUUAUCGGACUUUCUAAUUAACGAUAACUCAGUGUCAUAUUGUAUUUUAGAACUCAUUUCUUCCUGGAAUAGCCUCAUUUUGUUUAAUAGUCGAAACAAUGAUUAAGGAAACAAACAGUUUGUUCACAUAAGUCAUCAUCCUAACUCCGUGAGCAACAAAACAACCUACCGUAGAGUUAUGCUAUCUCUGAUGUGUCAUCAAAUCGCUCUUUCAUAAUUGAUGGAAACAAUCAGCUGAGAGAUAUACCCUGAGAUUUCAAGGCAGUAAUGAUUUUAUUCCGACAGUUAUGGAAUCAUCAAACUGUGUGCGAUGUCUGUGAAUCCUGUGACGAAAACUAACGUUGUGACUUUGUUUUGUACGUUACAUGGCUGCCCAAGAUACCCGAUACCAUGAACGGCUGUGCACGGAUUAAAAUUGUCCUACAGUGAAAUUGGAGUUAAAGGCGAGUGUAUUCUAAAGUGCAAGUUAAUCAUGUAGGAGAAUACAAACAAACAAAAUCAUAUGACAUACAUUUUCGUUCACAGAAAUGUUUCUGGAUCUAUGAGAGAGUAACAAUUCAACAAGGUCUCAAUGGGCUGAGACAUCCAGUUGGCACAGAAGUUUCGCAGAAGGCGUAUUUUGUGACUUGAAUCUGGUUCAACAAGACCAAAGAGCAAUUUUAUACUGUUUUAAAGGAUUGAAUAUACGUAAUUCAACAUUAACCAGUUCUGAAAAUAUACAUUCCUGCUUGAACAGUUUUGGAAUAAACUCAAGGUCGUUUACAAGGACACGGGUCUUUAUACAUUUUAACAUCUAGUAUAUUUCUGUACAAUUCAAAAUAGCAUUUAACUUUAUUCCUGUGCUGAUAUUGAGUAACAGCGUGAACAUCUUUUUCUAAAGAAAAGAAACAUUCUUGAAAAGUGGACAGUAAACGUUUCAGUUCUUUCCUCUCCUCGUUUCUGAGAUAAACGGGAUAAUCUAAACUGUGUUGAUAAAAGGGGUGCAGCUCAACACACAGUAUAUCUAUACUGACCCCACUCCUGUGAUCCAUCGGAGAAGUACAUGCACAGAUGGGCUGACGGGAUAGUUCAGUCCCCUGUUGUGAUUGUAAAAUGCGCGUCUCUCCCAGGGACUCAUCACCAAAACCAUACCCGUCUUCUCCCUACCUCAUUGGUUGUUGGUCCAUCAUGGUUGCCUGUGUGCUCGGGACAGCUGCUGCCCAUUCAACUCCUGACACAUGUGGGGACUACUUUUUCCUCCCCGUGCUCCCAAACUGUGACCUGUACCUAGAGGCUGUCCCAUGCUUCAACAACACGCACACGAUAGUGGUCACCAUGGCAACAACAGCCGGCGAGGUCGUUCACAGUUUCUCCGUGACUUUCGGUUCUAUGAAGGAACUUUCCCUUCUGGCAGUCAACAAGAAGAAAAGCGAAGGUCUGGUUCUACGAAGCACUGACGAUAUCUCGGUGUAUGUCCACAAGACAGCCGGCGACUCCAUGGUGGUCUUCCCCAUCGACAGCUUUGAACGGGAGUACCAGGUUCUCAGCGUGCCUGCCUACUCGAGACCAGGCACUGAUGCCAGCAGAACCACUAGCAGCAGCAGUAGCAGCAGCAGCAGCAGCAGCAAAUCCGAAGGCGGCUUGCACAAUGGAGGAAGACAUCACAUUGCCAUCCAAAGCUCGUUGCUGUAUAUCUUUAGCCCGUUCAAUAACACUCGCAUCACGUUAACGCCUUUGGACGAAGUAUUUGGCACCUCUUCGUCACCCUCGUCGAUAUUGCAAUCAUCUUUCUCUCAAACUGCAACAAACUCUUCUUCGUCUUCGUUAUCGCCCUCAUUACCUUCUUGGCAGGGGGCAUCGUCAUCCUCGUCUUCGUCUCCUUCAUCGACAUCCUCAGCAUCAUCCUCAUCAUCAGUAUUAUCAUCCACAUUGCUUUCAUCAUCUUCGUCGUCUUCGUCGCCAUCAUCACCAUCGUCAUCAUCUACAGUUCUGUUGGAUGCCUUUGAGAUUCACGUGCAUCGUAUCGACCCCACCCGGGGCUAUCUACUACACUCUACGGACGUAUUCGCAGUUCUCCAGGUUCAAACCUCCACCAAAAUGACAAAGCGGGCGUCUCUCUGUGUCGACUCGAGCUUGCAGCUACUCGACUUUGUGCAGCCGAUUGCCGUCAGAGGCCGACACUUCUACCUGGCUUUCCCUAACCUCACAGACUUCUCCAUUUACAUCAGUGGCAAAGAAAACACAAGUGUUGACGUCACAACUGACACAAGUUCUCUAGAGAUCAAAGUGGGCUCCCAGGGUCACAAAGCCACCGACGUCACUCGCACCUCCUCUGCCUGGCUCUCCUCUACCCAGUCCGUUAUCGUCUACGUCACAGUGGCCAUCUGCAGCAACGGCUCCCUCACAGCCUCCGACAGCGGAAGCGGAAGCGCCACCUCCCAACAAACGUGCGCCUACAAUGGUUUCUACUUGCCAAGCGUAGAGCACUACUUUACAUGCCACGGAAAUAAAACACGCGACGGCUGCUCCUGCGCAUGCCCGUCCGUCUUUCAGCGUGACGUCAGUCCAGAUAGCUUCGGUUCUCUCCGGAACAGUACAAUUAGCAAUAGCCCACCGUCUUUAUAUCCUCUCUUAGUCGGUGAGCUCUUUGACGUUAGCACCUCUAUAUCGCGGGCGCCGGGCUUCAAAUACGCGGAUGACGUCAUUGUUACUACAAAUAAUUCAUUUAUGGUAUUUCGACAUGAUGUUGAGAAUUUGAACUACCUUCCCGCAGGCACAAGGCUGGUGGACAUUUACCAGUACUGUGAGCCCGACUCUUACACUAGUCUCUUCAGAGACUGUCAUGCGUAUUUCAACUCAAAAGGUUCGAGUUCUGAACCUGGUUUCAAAGACGCCGACGCUUUCCAGCCCGAUUCGCUUCAGCCCUUUCAAAGCGGACCUGGCACUGUGGACGCAUGCUCUUGCGAGUUCGUAGUAGAUGCCACAUCUUCCAUUUCCCAGAGCAAUGGUGCCUCGGAGAACACGGACUUAUCCGUAGCCGGGGAGGCAGUGGCGAAUGUAAGAAUGAAUAGUGGAGGAGGAGGAGGCGAUAUCAUGUGGGAAGAGGACGAUGAGGACACCACACGACCCAUGAUAGCGGUCGUUGUUUCACUGUCAGUUGCUAUCUUCGCAGUUAUCGCUCUCAUCUCAGUGUACAUGUUGAUGGAGAUGGCGUCCAGAAGGAAGCACGUGAGAAACACAAAGAUCAGACCCUUUGUAUCCUGACGGCGACGUGUAUGCACAGUAUGCACUGCUCUUUGUCGGAGGUGACAGACACAGAGGAACAAUGGCGCUCACUGUUAGCUCAGUUGGUAUCAUGCUAGACUACGGAGUGGAUGACCCUAGUUCGGAUUCCCUCCCAAUAAACGUACAGUGUUGAGAAGGGUGUUAAACAUAUACAUUGACCAAUGACAAAAACCCCAGAGAUAGAAGAAGGGUACGAGAAGUGUGGUGGGAGGUGCUCCUGUCGGUUCAUGUAAUGAGACAAAGAUUGUCACUGGAGACAGGGUCGGGGCGAAGACAGCGAAGGCGGGGAAACUAUAGCAUUUUUUCUGACUUUUACGUUCAUCGAAGAAGAAGAAGAAGAAGAAGAAGAAGAAGAAGAAGAAGAAGAAGAAGAAGAAGUAGAAUAUUCUUUUGCCGCUGCUGAAGAUGCCAUUGAUUAGGACAGGGAUGAUGACGAUAAUAAAGAUGGUAAUAAUCAAGAAGAGGAGGAAUUGCGGAAGAAGAUGAGGAGGACGAAAACGAUAAGAAGAGGAAAAUGAUGAUUGCAGGAAUUGUGACGCCAUUUACUAUUUUUAGAGAAUACUGUGCAUACUGUCAAAUAGGAUUUCAUUGGUCACACGAAAACAAAGACACGAUCUUGCAUCUCUGAUGGCAGAUCCCAUAUGCAAAGGAAACAGAGGGUUAUUAUUAUGAGUAACUUUGUAGAUUUCGGCACUCAAGCCCCGAAAAUCCACAAAGAACGGGAUGCUUAUUUUAUUCUUGUUUAUCUUAAAAUGCAAGAUAAGAGUAAAGGUGGAGGUGCAUCUUAUGAUACAUUGGCGUGGCCCUGUGUUUGUAUCAGCGCCAUUAAUACAAUCUGAAACUGGAAUUAUUUCGUCUCUACCAGUGCAGAGAGAAUUCUAUGGUAUUCUUGUGGAAGCCAUAGUCACUCAUCUUGAUAGGAAAUUACUGUGACCAAAAACAACCCUCAGUUCUAAUGUGCUUGUGACAGAUUAUUAUGAGUUUAACGUCUGAUAUUUUCUGAGGCAACCUGGACAGGCCGUUUCUGAGAGUGACGAAAGGUGUAACUACGGAGGGGGAGGGGUGUGAUCCGCACUGUAAUUCCUACAGGGCAAAAGGAGGAGGAUUCUUCUAAAAAUAAGUUGUUUGGUUGCAACACGUUGCUCUCGCGGAAACAGACGCCACUCUGAGAGCGACGCCGCUCAAAGCAACUUGUCGUGCAAUAGGUGAAAGGAGCCUUAUCAGAGAUCAUUUCCGCACGGUUUUCUCAAGUCAAGCACGACUAUCUGAUCUAGUGUGGAUUCGGCACCAGAUGCUAUUCAUGUACUACAGACAACCGUACACUUUAAUUUUACAUUAUUAAUUCCAUUACUUGACUUUUAACUACUGUUUUCGCUUCUUUCUAUCAAUUUUCAAGAUAUUUUCUAUCUUACUGACAAACUUCAAAAUGCGUACAAGUAAUGUUUAUUGAUUUCAUGUUCAUCGCGUUAUCCAUUGUUUUCAUUAAAAAACGGUUUUAAAAUGUACG